UGCGCAAACACUGGUGCGUGGGACUGGAGAGAGGUUCUGCUCUAAUUCUGCGACUCCCACAGAUUUCCUCUGAGCUCAUGAUGGAGAAGUGAAAGAGAUCCUAAGGAUAUGACAGCUGAUUGUUCCUUUACACAACAAACAAAGCUGGAAGUGGAUGGAUCAAACUGACGUGGUGCUUGUGUACACUUCACCACUCACAACAUCCACCACGUCUUCAAUACAGAUGUACAGGUGCACAUAUUGAUGCUGUCUCCUCUCAGAGCCGUAUGCCACUGACAUGUCAGUGUCUGUAUCGAGGACAGGAUGUCUAAAUGUGAGCUGAUCGAGCUGCAGGACCUCAGUCUGAAUGAUCCCAUCGAGCUGGCUGCUCCUGCGGCCCGCGCCGCCCCAUCGGCUCAGCCCUGCUCCUUCAGCGUCGUCCGACUGGUUGGAGACAGCGUCAGCAUCGAGAGGCCCGGGCGUCGGACAGGAGAGAUUGGACAGGGUCAUGACUUCCAGAUCGACAGUCACGCUCACCUCACCUGGUGUGACCUGUGUGGAGAAUUCAUCUGGGGUCUCUACAAGCAGGGUUUACGCUGCACCAAAUGCAGUUACACUUGUCACUACCGCUGUCAACCAUUCAUUCACCUGGACUGCAGCACAGAUGGAAGUUUGUUAACAGACCAGGAAGAUUUGUCUGUCGACGUCAUCGAGACAGACACCAAUGUGGAUGAACAGAUCGAUUUGGGUAAACAGGGUUUAAGUGUUGGGGAAAUUCAGCAGAAGGUUAAGGAGUAUAACGCUCAGAUCAACAGUAACCUCUCCAUGAUGGUGAAUAAAGACGGGUUCUACACUGGUUUCAUCAAGGUCCACUUUCAGUUGCUUCGGCCGAUCUCCCUCCCUCCUCCUCAGAGCCCGACGUGCUCGACACAAGACGGAGAUCAGCAGGACAGGCGGAUGAAACGGCGGACAUCUUUCUACCUCCCCAAAGAUACUGCGAAACACCUGCACAUAAGCUCCCAAACACGGGUCCGGGAAGUGAUCGAGGCGCUGCUCAACAAGUUCACUGUGGUGGACAACCCGGCCAAGUUUGCCCUGUUUGAACGCACUGAGAGACAAAGUCAAGUGUACACCCGUAAACUUUCUGAUGAUAUUUGUCCACUCUACCUACGCUUGUGUGCCGGACCGAGUGAGAAAAUCCUGUGUCUGGUUUUGAAAGAAAAUGAGACUGGGGAAGUCAAUUGGGAUGCGUUCAGCUUUCCUGAGUUGUGCAACUUCCUGCGGAUCCUGAAACGAGAAGAAGAAGAGCAUGUCCGGCAGAUAGUGAGGCGUUACGCUCUCGCGAGAGAAAGGACGAAGCAGGCGAUGGCGAGGAUUAGUACUCCCGCUUGAAAAGAGCCUUCUGCUACAAUCAUGGAUCCGAAUGGGGAUCAAGAAGAAUAUUUCAAGCAAUGGAAAAGUGAGGGAGAGACCUCUGACAAUGACAUUGUGUAGAAAAGGGGUUGUUUUAGAAGAAGGGAUUCUGCUGUUACAUUUAGUGAGAACCAACUAAAGACACUGCCACUGAUUGUGCGAGUUUAACCACUGUUGUUAACUGGUUUGACAAAAAAACAUUUAAGAUCCCAACCAUUCAUUGCAGUUAAUCCUUGAAAAACUCUGCUGCUUGGUUAUAUUAUUUAUAGCAGUGUUAAAGACAUAUUUUUCAUUUUUAUGUGACAUUUAGUUUUUUUAUCUUUUUUGAGACUCUUUUUUAAAUUUUGGCACUUUACUAAACCUGUGAAAUGGAUACGGACAAGUUAAAAGUAUAAAUUCUUAUAAUCAAAUAAAUUGAUGAUAGUAAAUGAUGGGUCAAUUAAUGUUGUGGUUGCAGUGCUUUUAAAUUGUUCAUGAAGUAAGAGGUUUGAUCAAGGGUUUGGUGAGGUAAACAGGUUUUAUGGCCAAAAGGGAACAGACUCUGGAAUGUUACCUUCACAUGUGAUUACACAAAAUCUUGUUCUGCAUUCAUGGUCAAUUACAUUUUGGGCCCCAGGAUGUUAGGGACACACACUCAGGUGUGAUCAGUAUCGGUCUGUCUACAGAGGUACACAACUCAUAAUAAGUCCCUAAUGUUUGCUGGUGGUAACUAACAUCUGCUGAUGAUCCCUGAUAUCUUCUGUCAGUUAGUGGAAUACUUUCAAUCUUACAAGGGAUCUUUUCCUAUUUUCAAAAAAUGUAAUAACAGUGAACACUCUUCAGAGCAGGCUUCUCCACAAGGUUUUGGAACCUGGCUGCAGUAAUUUACUUUCAGAUGGCCACAGAUUAAGUGUGAUCAGGCUCUCAUGUUGGAUGUUAAGGCCUGUCUUAAGUGUUCAAACUCAUCCUAAAGGUGGUAAAGCUAAGCUGAAGCUGAAUAUGGACUUCAUGCAAGCUGUUGCUAUGUACAUUAUUGUCUCGAAAGCCAUUGCCUGAUGCAGUAUUAAGAGUUUCAUUAUUUGCAACUAAUGCUAAACCCAAACUCUGAAUAACAGCCCCAGGUAGAUAACAGUAUUUGCUGGCCACAUGAUUUUAAUAAUAUGAAUAUUAACUCUAUUUAUAUAGCACAAUUCAAAACAGCUGUUACAAAGUUACAAAGAGGACAAAUAAAAACAAGAGUACUGUGA